AUGGGGACAGGUACAGUGCUUCCGUCUGCAUACGCCGUCUUCUUUGCGGGCAGAAAAACAGCCCACAGAUCCAAAGCACCCAAAGGCGUCAACAUCAAGAAGAGAAAGUUAGGCUGUUCUGACUCUGCCGGCCGAGCUGAAAAGUCAAAGAGGAUCACAGGUUCGGGUUCUGGUUCGGGUUCAUGGUACGGAACCAUACACGACUACGAGUGUCUUGACAUGAUCAGCCAGGGCAGGUACGGCGCCGUCUACAGAGCACGCCACAAGAAAACCCACGAGAUUGUAGCCGUGAAAAAGGAAUUUGGCGGGUUAUGCGAGUCCACACUAACAGAAAUAAGCAUCCUCCGCUCCAUCCGCCACCCGUCCGUAAUCGAGUACAAGCAAGUGGUGGUGGAUGACUUUGACGGGAUUUACGUGGUAAUGGAGUACAUGGAAUACGAUCUCCACGACUACCUGAAGAUGAUGAAGCCCUCCAUUGAUCUUCUCCAAGUCAAACGCCUGAUGAAGGACCUUCUCGAGGGAGUCCACCACCUUCACCAGAAUGAAGUCAUGCACAGGGACCUCAAGCCAUCCAACCUCCUCAUAAACUCGGAAGACGGCAAGCUCAAGAUUUGCGAUUUCGGGCUGUCGAGUCGGUUGGAGGACAAGCCCAGCACGCCACAUGUGGGGACGCUAUGGUACAUGGCGCCCGAGCUGUUCCUUGGGGCCCACGCAUAUCUGCCAGCUGUCGACAUGUGGUCGGUCGGGUGCAUCAUGGCGGAGUUCUUCUUGGGGAAGGUGCUUUUCAGAGGGGAGUCGGAAAUCGAGCAGGUUCAGAUGAUAGUGAGUAAUCUGGAGCAGCCGCAUUGUGUGCUGCAACACAAGUUUGCGGCUGCUAAUAGUGCUUUGAAAGGGGGGCCGUUGUUAACGGAAAGUGGAUUCGAGCUGCUGUCGAGCCUUUUGACGUACAGUCCGCAAGACAGAAUAACGGCUCGAGAGGCUCUAGAUCAUUGCUGGUUCCAAGAGUGA